AUGGAAGGAAACCUUGAGGAUACCUUCCUUGGAGUGCUUGACUGGCCCAGUUUCGUCUCGUCUGCGGCCAGAUCAGAUCACCGACGGGUUUCGUCCCGUCUUCCGUCGCCGUUGUCAACGUCUGGGACCCGGGCGGAGGAGGGGGCCGUCGCCAUCUACACGAGGCCUCUCGAGACUGGUUUCUCGCUGGUGUCCGUGUCAGAGACUCAAAGAACCCCAACACAUUGGACGACGUCUGUCGGGGUCUUUUGUCUGCCCAUCCCCACCCCCGUAGAAUGA